AUGAAGGCUGCAUCUGUUUCUCUGCUCCUUGGUGUGUGUGUGCUGCUGCUGUCUGUACUGACUGUUUCUGCAGUCUCUCUGUCUGUCAGUCCAAACCUUCAGCAGUUCUUCAGUGGAUCUUCUUCAGUGUCUCUGAGCUGUGUUGAUGAUGGACAGACAGUUGAUGGAUGGGCAGUGAGGAGGAGAAGAGGAGGACUCACGGAGGACUGUGGAGUAACUAAAGGCUUUGGGACGGUUCCUGAAUCCGCCUGUGUGCUGGACCUCUCCAUAUCCUCUGGUGGAAUUUUCUUCUGUGAAAACUCUUCUGGACAGCAGAGCAAUGAAGUCUCCAUCAGUGUUUCAGAUGAUUCUCUGAUCCUGGAGAUCCCUGCACUUCCUGUGAGGACAGGAAGUGACAUCACCCUGCAUUGUAGACAUAGGGAUUUUGACACAGUUGCAGCUUAUUUCAUUUUUAAUGGAAGUAAUGUUGGAUCUGGACGUAAAUCAGAGCACACCAUCACUAACAUCCAGCAGUCUGAUGAGGGUCUCUACUCAUGUUCCACUGAUACAUUUGGAUCAUCUCCUCAGAGCUUUCUGAGGGUCAGAGCUCUUCCUCCUCAUGUACAGAGCACCACAGCCUGCACCUCUCCUGGUAUUUCUGCUCCUCCCUCCUCUCCCACAGCCCUCCCUCCUCCUCAUGUCUCCUCCUCCAUCAUUCCAGUUGUAGCAGGUCUGGUUUCUGUGGUUCUUCUGGUUCUGGUUGGAGUUCUGAUCUUCUACAGGAAACUAAAAGGAGGUCAGAGGGCAGACUCUGUGGGGUUUAGUGGUAACGGCUGUGAAGAACCUGCAGUGAAGUGUUUGAGAGUGAAGUGGAACAUCUGCCUCUGCUACCUGGAUUCAGCCCACACCCCUAUCAAUGUUAAUAGCAAACCGUGA